CGUCGCCUUGGACCGAUCGAAACUUCCAUGACCCGCCGUCCCGGGGCGUAACCGAAGAGGAAACGCGCCCCAUAAAGCAACCGAUGGUGCUCUAGGCCUGCUCGAGCUAGCUCUUUCCGCUUGUUCGCCGGGUGCAGUGAUUGCCGAUCCGGCCGGCCGGCGCGUGGCGAGAUGUCGGGGUCGGAGGCGAUGAUGGAGAAGAUGCAGCUGCGGCAGAGCUACCGCAACGUCUGGCACACCGACCUCACCAACGCCGUCACGGCGGACCUGCCAUGGUGCUGCCUGUCGCUGUGGUGCGCCCCGUGUGUGUCGUAUAUGCUGCGCAGGCGUGCUCUCUACAAUGACAUGUCAAGAUACGUGUGCUGCGCUGGGUACAUGCCGUGCAGUGGCAAGUGCGGUGAGAGCCAGUGCCCAGAGCUAUGCCUUGCAACAGAGGUGUUCUGCUGCUUCGGCAAUUCAGUCGCUUCGACCCGGUUCUUGCUGCAGGACGAGUUCAACAUCCAGACAACUCAGUGCGACAACUGCAUCAUCAGCUUCAUGUUGCUCCUGCAACAACUCGCCUGCAUCUGCUCGCUAGUCGCGUGCAUCGUCGGCAACAGCGAGCUUUCAGAGGCCGCGAAUAUAAUCUCCUGCAUGUCUAACAUGGUCUACUGGACGGUUUGCUCUUGUAUGCAGACGCAGCACAAGGUGGAGAUGGACAAGAGGGACGGCAAGUUCGGCCCUAUGUCAGUUCCUCCGAUGCAGCAAAUGUCGCGCUUCGAUCAGCCGUUCCCGCCUCAAGUUGGAUAUGGAUACAGGUAGCCUUAUGGAGGCUAUGAACCAUCUGUUUGCUGUCGCUGAACGAGGACUGAUCUUUUGAAAAAAACGAGGAUAGACUAGCUGCAUAGAUUUUAAGUGUGAUACCAUGGCGAGAAUGUAACAUGUCUCCUGUUUAUUUUGGUGAUUUUCAUUCUGUUCGUGAGUUCCGAGAUGUGAUUUCUGUGAGGGAAGAUUGAUCCUCGUCGCUUUGCUUCUGAGACAUACUUCAUGGGAAUAAAAUGAGGCAAUGAGAGUGCAUCUGUAGUUCUCCAAAAUAAAAUUGCUUGUUUGUUUA